AUGGCUCUCCCCUUUUCUUCUAAAAACCCAUCAUUUCUCAUUGUCUUCUUUUUAUCAUCUCUUCUCUUUCUCAAUACCCAACAAUGCAACCAUCACCACUUCUCUGCUUUGCUCGACUUAAAGAAUGGCUUUUACUUCCCUCCUCUCCCCUCUUGGAAUUCAAACAACUCCGAUUGCUGCUCUUGGGAAGGCAUCACGUGUGAUGGACCCACUGGUCACGUGAUCAGCCUCGACCUCAGUGGCCUUCGGAUCAGGGGUCGGAUUGAUUUUGAAAGCCUCUUUCGUCUUCGGAGCCUGCGAAGGCUCAACCUCGCUUACAAUGAUUUUGAUGGCUCUCCAAUCCCAUCUGGGUUUGAACAGCUCACCAGUUUGACCCAUCUCAACCUCUCUCAGUUAUCCUUUUAUGGCCAAAUCCCACUGGAAAUCUCCCGCUUGAUCACUUUGGUUUCUCUCGAUCUUUCUUUCAAUCUAUAUUACAAUGGUUCAUCCUUCAAAUUCCUGAAACUCGAAAACCCAAGCAUUGGAGCAGUCGUCCAAAACCUGUCCAAUCUGAGGGAACUCUAUCUGGACUGGGUACACAUCUUACUGCAGGGCCAGACCUUAGAUUUGCCACUCCCUAAUCUCCGCAAGUUGAGCUUAAUAGAUUGUCUUCUUUCAGGCUCCAUCUUUUCUUCCCUUUCACAGCUCCAUUUCUUAUCUGAACUUGACCUCACUCGAAACAACUUCUCCUCUGCAGUCCCCAAUUUCAUCGGGAACUUAUCCUCCUUAACAUCCCUGCUCCUUGCAGACUGUGGAUUGCAUGGAAGAUUCCCUGAGAGUGUUUUCCAGCUGCCAAAUCUACAAAUCAUCGACAUAUCAUUCAAUCCACUUGUAGCUAUCAAUUUGCCAGAGUUCCCUCAAAACAACACUCUACAGCAAUUGAUCCUACGGUACACUGGAUUUUCAGGAAAGUUACCAGAUUCUCUCAGUAAUCUCAAAUUCUUGACUCAUUUACGCGUCACCUAUUGCAACUUGUCAGGAUCAUUACCAUCCUCACUUUGGAACCUUACCAAACUGCAAUAUCUGUCUCUUUCAUCCAAUAAAUUGAGCAGCCCAAUUCCUUCUUCAUAUGGAAACGGGCUUCUGAAUCUCAAAGUGAUCAACUUAGGGAAUAAUUUGCUUAAUGGGACCAUUCCAUCAUCAUUGCUUUCACUCCCAUCAUUACAAAGGUUGGAUCUCUCAGGUAACCAACUUAGUGGUCAACUUGGUGAGUUUCACAACGCCUCUUCUUCACAGCUGGAGAUCCUCUAUUUGGGUAACAAUAAAUUGCAAUGGAUGAUACCCAGAUUUAUCUUUCAACUUACCAACCUUCAAGAACUUUACGUUCCUUCCAAUAAUUUCAGUGGUGUUGUAGAGCUAGGCUUAUUUCAAAACCUCAAAAAACUUUCCUCUCUGGAUCUUUCAGAUAACAACUUGUCAGUCCAAUAUGGCAGUGAUAAUUCCACAUUUGUUUCCAUCCCCCAGUUUCAAUCUUUGUUGUUACGUUCUUGCAACAUCAGCACAUUUCCAAAUUUCUUGAGAAAUCAAGAGUGGUUGAGGGAAUUGGACCUUUCCAACAAUAAAAUUAGUGGUGAAAUACCUAAAUGGAUAUGGGAGGUUGGCAAUGAGCCUUUAAUCUCUUUAAAUCUUUCUCACAAUGUUCUACAGGGAUUCCAGGGAAUAGAACCAUCUUCCCAUCUUUUGUUGAGUCCCUUGCAAUUCCUUGACCUUAGCUCCAACAAGCUAGAAGGCUUACUUCCUAUCCCACUCCCUUCCAUCUUUUUCUUUUCAGUUUCAAACAAUAGCCUUGGUGGUGAAAUCCCUUGA